AUGUCGUGGUGGAGAGGGUCACCCGAGUCGCAGCGAGGGAAUUUUAAUGUGGUAAUCUACGAAAGUGAUUACAAACAGCUAUGCGCUUGGGUGCUCAAGAAAACGAACAUCGAAACUGGUGGAGAUUUGUUUGGUUUGUGGGCUGACAAAAACACGGCUGUUAUUCAGUUUGUUGUCGGACCUGGCCAAAAUUGUCGAAGAUCUUCAGUUUCUUUCUACCAAGAUAUCAGCUACUUGGAGGAGAUUGGUUCGCACAUGACAAAAAAUGAAGGCGUUUGUCAUAUUGGCGAGUGGCAUUCUCACCAUCAACUUGGUCUCGCCAGACCUAGCGGGGGAGACGAGAAUACCGUGUGGAACAACAUGCCCACCUACAACUUGAAGAGGUUCGUGAUUUUCAUCGCCAACAUAGAGAAAUCACGAAAACAUCCCUACAAUGUGAAUAUUGGCUGCUUCCUGUUUGAGCUUGAGAGUGUCAAUGGUAAAGAGAAAGAACUUCCGGUAUUACAAGGAACAUUCGAGAUACUGCAAAAAGAAAAUCCAUUGAAUGGGAAACUGUCGGAGAAGAGAGAAGAAGGUGCAGAGCAUGACGAGAUGGAAAUAGAAAUGGAAUGUUUACAGAUGAAGAUAUCUCCCGAGGGACACCCACGAGUAACUUAUGUCGAAUCAUUCCCCUGCUUGUGGAAAAAGAGGCCUAAAACUGACGAUGAAUCAGGAAAAAAGAACAAAAAGAAAAAAAAGAAACCGAGUAAAGACGUCAAAGCUACUUCCGUUGUUAGCAAAACCACUCAAGGAAAUGGAAACAUGACGCCAGAUGACCCCAAAAGCGGGAAGUCGAAAGGAGCAGAAGGCACCCACGAGACGGCCAGCAGUGAUUCAAAUGGGGAUAAUGAUUCCUAUGAAGGCCAAGCAGACAACCCCCAAAAAAGGACGUCAACAAGAGCAGAAGGCACCGCUCAGACAGCCACCAGUGAUUCAAAGGAGGGUAAUGAUUCCCAUGGAAGCCAAGCAGAUGAGCCCAAAAGAAGGAUGUCGACAGGAAAAGAAGGCACCACCAAGACAGCCACCAGUGAUUCAAAUGAAGAUAAUGAUUCCCAUGGAAGCCAAGCAGAUGACCCCCAAAAAGGGAAGUCGACAGGAGAAGAAGGCACAGCCAAGACAGCCACCAGUGAUUCAUGUGAGGAUAAUGAUUCCCACGGAAACCACGCAGAUGACCCCUCCAAAGGAAAGUCGACAGGAGAAGAAGGCAUGGCUAAGACAGCCACCAGUGAUUCAAAGGAGGGCAAUGAUCCCCAUAGAAGCCAAGCAGAUGACCCUCAAAAAGGGAAGUUGAAAGGAGAAGAAGGCACCGCCAAGACAGCCACCAGUGAUUCAGAUGAGGAUAAUGAUUCCCAUGGAAGCCAAGCAGAUGACCCCCCCAAAGGAAAGUCGACAGGAGAAGAAGGCACCGCCAAGACAGCCACUAGUGAUUCCUGUGAGGAUAAUGAUUCCCAUGGAAGCCACGCAGAUAACCCCCAAAAAGGGCAGUCGAAAGGAGAAGAAGGCACCGCCAAGACAGCCACCAGUGAUUCAAAUGAGGGUAAUGAUCUCCAUGGAAGCCAAGCAUAUGAUCCCCAAGAAGGGAAGUCGAAAGGAAAAGAAGGCACCGCCAAGGCAGCCACCAGUGAUUCAAAUGAGGGUAAUGAUUCCCAUGGAGGCCAAGCAGAUGACCCCCAAAAAGAUAAGUCGACAAGAGAAGAAGACACCGCCAAAAUGGCCGCCAGUGAUUCAAAUGAGGGUAAUGAUUCCCAUAGAAGCCAAGCAGAUGAGCCCAAAAGAAAGGUGUCGACAGGAAAAGAAGGCACAGCCAAGACAGCCACCAGUGAUUCAGAUGAGGGUAAUGAUUUCCAUGGAAGCCAAGCAGAUGACCCCCAAAAAGGGAAGUCGAAAGGAGAAGAAGGCACCGCCAAGAUAGCCGCCAGUGAUUCAGAUGAGGAUAAUGAUUUCCAUGGAAGCCAAGCAGAUGACCCCCAAAAAGGGAAGUUGAAAGGAGAAGAAGGCACCGCCAAGACAGCCACCAGUGAUUCAAAUGAGGGUAAUGAUUUCCAUGGAAGCAAAGCUGAUGACCCCCCAGAAGGGAAGUCGACAGGAGAAGAAGGCACCGCCAAGACAGCCACCAGUGAAUCAAACGGGGACAAUGAUUCCCAUGGAAGCCAAGCAAAUGACCCCCAAAAAGGGAAGUCGAAAAGAAAGGAAGGCACCGCCAAGACAGCCACCAGUGAUUCAGCAGAUAACGCAGAGCCUCCUGGUAGAGACCCGAAAAAAGCUUUCAAUCAGCUUGAUCAGGAUCAAACGUCAAGAUCAAACAAAAAUGUGUUGGGGCAAGGGGAAGCGCCUAUGGAAGAAAAGCAGACCAAAUCCAGGAGUCAGACGUCGGAUCGUGGUGCAAACAAGCACGAAAACCCACAUGACAACGACAAGGACAAACUAAGGGAAGGGCAGAAAAAUGAUGUCAGUAAAGCUGGAAGCAGCCAACCAACAUCAGGAAAAUCUUUCAAGGCUACAAAAACUACACCUAAGAACAAAUCAGGAACACCGCCGUCAAGACCUGUGCCUGGGAAAGCAGUACCAGUAAAACCAGUUGGUAAAGGAGCCAAGAAAAAAGUCGACGAAAAAGGCGACAUUGGGAAGAAAGGUGGCCCCACCAAAUCUACGACCAAAAAACUAUUAAAAUGAAUUACAACCAAGUUGAACUUUGAACUUUGCACUCAAACUAACAUGGCUGUU